AUGAACCUGACACACGAGUACAAUUAUGCAAGAACCCAUGUCAAGGCUAUUGAUUGGUCUUACGUGGUUGGCAGUCAUAUCAACUUGGAUUCGAUUUACGAAGGUCCCCAGAUAUCCUUGUUUGAGGCCGUCAUUCGCUAUCUCGGUGGACUCAUCUCUGCUUAUGACUUGUCAGGGGAUGAUCUGAUGCUUCAAAGAGCAGAAGACCUGGCAGAUUGGCUUUUACCUGCCUUUGGAACCUCUUCCGGAUUCCCAGUGACCCAUUAUCAAUUAGGAUUAAACCCUAACGGCAAGAGAGCGGGAAGAGUUGUGACCGCGGACGUUGGAUCAUUGGCAUUGGAAUUUACCAGAUUAAGCCAACUCACAUCGAAAGAUUUUUAUUAUGAUAAUGUGCAAAAAAUAAUAGAUCUGUUUGAUGGGGAUCAGUGGGUCUCUCCCGACCGACUGGGCACAUUGUUCCCCGAAACUGUUGAUGCUGAAGAUCCUGAAUCGCUGUCUGAAAAAUACUCGAUGGGUGGUAUGAUGGAUAGUUACUACGAAUAUCUAAUCAAGCAGCAUCAAUUAUUGCGCGGCAGAAGAUCACAGUAUAGCAAAAUGUACACUUCCGCAAUUGAAUCUGCCCGCACACAUCUCAUUAGAACUUACGACAUAGAGUCGCCUGGUGGCAAAAACUUCACUGUGAUCGGUUCCAUGGAGGCGGGAGUGUUCACGCCAACCCUAGACCAUCUAAGUUGCUUUGCGGGUGCGAUGAUUGGGCUGGGGGCUCGACUUUUAAACAGGAAAGGAGAUUUGGACCUAGCAUUGAAGCAUACAGAUUCUUGUGUCUGGGCUUAUGAAUCAACUCAAACCGGAGUUGGACCAGAGGAGGCCUGGUUGUUAGGAGGAAAUGAGUACACGCGAUGGAAAAUAGUUAAUUAUAAAGGUUUUUUCUUCUUCGUCUCGCCAAAGGCUUGUUGAUAGCUUGGACUAAAUGCAGAAUCUUUAUUGUAUAGGCAAGGCUUUCCGGGAACUGCACCGGAGCCAAGAUCGUGGCCCAACGGUCAUGGAUAAUAAACCUAAAGUCUGAUGGUUUCCAAACCAGAAUGU